AUGGAACGAACAGAACGUAGCUGGAUGUAUGAAAGGAAGGUUGGACAUUCUAUUAAUCCGGAUUUUGUGAAAGGGGUAGAUGAAUUCCUUAAAUACGUGGAAGAUCAUCCCGAGAGCAGCAACCUGAAUGAAGUUAGGUGUCCAUGUUUUAAAUGUAAGAACAAGCGGCUAUGGGAUGCGGAAACGGUUAAAAUUCAUUUGUACCGCAAGGGUUUUGUGCCUAAUUACUAUGAGUGGAUGUGUCAUGGGGAAGGGUUUCCGGGAGUUCCUGAAGGGCCGUCAAAUGAAUACCGUGAAAUGGUUUUCGAUGCUUUUGGUCAUAAUGAAGAUCAAGGGCAUUCUGAAGAGGCAGAGGAGGAGCCUAAUGCACAAGCUAAGCAUUUCUUAGAUUUGUUAAAAGCUUCCAAACAACCAUUAUACGAAGGGAGUUCGUUAUCUGUCUUAGAGAUGGCUGCCCGAAUUACUAGUCUUAAGUGCGAGUAUAAUUUGCCCCAUAGAUGUGUUGAUGGGUUUGCUUCUUUGGUCAAUGAGGCUAUUCCUAACAACAACCAUAUGGCCGAUACAUUCUAUGAGGUGAAGAAGAUUGUAAAGGGGCUGGAGUUGCCUCAUGAAAAGAUUCAUGCAUGCCCGAAAGGAUGUAUGCUAUUUUGGAAGGAUGAUGUUCAGUUAUCUUCAUGUCGGGUGUGUGGUAGCGACCGAUACAAGAAGACUUCCAAAGGUAGCUUAGUGCCUUUGAAUGUUUUAAUUUACUUUCCGAUCACACCGAGAUUGCAAAGGCUCUAUGCAACCAAGAACAUUUCGGAGGAAAUGACAUGGCAUUCGAAAAAUCCUCGAGUUCAAGGCACAAUGGUGCACCCUAGUGAUAGUGAAGCUUGGAAACACCUUGACAAUUGCUUCCCAGAAUUUUCCAAUGAGCCUCGUAAUGUUCGACUUGGCUUGUGUACAGAUGGUUUUGCUCCUCAUGGUAAGUUUGGGGGACAAUAUUCUUGUUGGCCUGUCAUAUUGACCCCUUAUAACUUGCCUCCCUCAAUGUGUAUGAAAAGACAAUUCAUGUUUAUUUCAUUGCUUGUUCCUGGUCCUAAGAACCCUAAGGGAAAUUUGGACGUGUAUAUGCAACCUCUGGUAGAAGAGUUGAAGCAUUUAUGGGAAUUUGGCGCAAAUACUUAUGACAUUUCAAGGAAACAAAAUUUUAAUCUUCGAGCAGCCAUCAUGUGGACCAUUAGUGACUUCCCAGCUUACGGUAUGUUGUCUGGUUGGACCACAGCUGGUAAGAAGGCUUGUCCUUAUUGUAUGGAUAAAAGCAAAACAUUUUGGCUUGAACAUGGUGGCAAAGUUUCUUGGUUUGAUUGCCAUCGCCAAUUCCUUCCAACAGAACACCCUUUUCGAAAAAGCAAAACUGCAUUUUGUAAAAACAAAGUCGAAAAAGGUUCACCUCCACACAUCAUGUCAGGUGAGGAAUUGUGGGAAUGUGUGAGACACCUUCCAAAGGCAACUGAUGGACCGGAGGCAUUGAAACACCUAAAAAAGCAAAAAACGGGUGGUUCAAGCAAAGCUUGUUGUGGGAACUUCCUUAUUGGAAGCAUUUGCUCAUCCGUCACAACUUGGAUGUCAUGCACAUUGAAAAGAACUUCUUUGAUCAGCUAA